CGGGACGAAUUCCUCUGGUAAACUCACUCGCUACAUUUCACUCGCUACAGACUCAAUCGCUACAUUUCAGCGUGUUGUCCCUUAUAAAUUUGCGUUCAUUAAAAUUGUAAAAAUCGAGAAAUGGUAGCGGUUUGCGGAAUGCGCCAACUUUGCUCGUGCAUAGUGCGUUCACACGAUUGAACAUCACACCAUGUUGUUGUACAUGUGUGAUCGUGUAGUCCGCUGUAAUCUUUGAACUCUACGAUUAAUCGAUCUUCAAUUUAAUUCAAAUAGUUUUCUCUAUAUUAAAAUAAAAAAUUAAAAUCGGUGUUUGAAGUUCUGUUUGUCCAUGUUGAUCCGUAAAGCUUUUGGCUAUCCCUACAUCCUUAAUUCUUAACUUAGUUUUGUUAAGUAUUAAACUUAUUAUUGCAAGUGAAAAUCGCAUUGAUUGUUAGUAUUGAAGUGAACUCCAACAUAGUCUGUACCGCAAAUAUUUGCAAACUUCCGGGUUUUUCUAGAGGAGUUUAAUAUUUUAUUCUGCUUGAUUUUUUGCACCAGCGCAUUAAUAGCACAACAACAACAAGGCGAAAUACAUAACGACUUUAUCUAAAAAAGCAAUUUUGAAUACGAGUUGCAAUGGCUACAAAGUGUACACGUCAACUACUCUCCGAUGUGAAUAGCUGUGACCUGCCUGAUUUCAUUAAGAAUCUAGUUAACAAAAUAUGCGACUUCUACGAUGAGCAGGAUUAUAUAGAUGUAACAUUUAAGUUGUCUAACCCCAUUGCUAUGAUUCCAGCACAUCGCUUGAUACUGUCAGCAGCAAGUCCUUACUUCAACGAUCUUUUCAAAAGCGAAAAUGGCCUAGCUCCUGUUAUCGAAUUGAACGACAUAGAUAGUGACACCUUUGAGCGUCUUAUGACAUUUUGCUACACCGGCAAAACGCUAAUAACCAUCGAAAAUGUGGACGUAAUGCUGAAGGCAGCAAUGGUUUUGCAAUUACGUGAUGCGGUUCUCAGUUGCGUUGAUUAUAUUUUGGAGCAUAUAACUGAGUUUACACUUAAGCGGGCUUAUGACUUAGAGCGUGAAACUCAGUGUAUACAACUGUAUGAGAAACUCUCAAAAUAUGAAAUAGAGAAUUUUAUCGAGGUGAGUCAGAGCGCUGAGUUUUUAAAUUUCAGUACUGAGAAGUUACAAGCAAUCAUAGAGGCUGAUAAUUUGAAUGUGAGUUGUGAGCAAGACGCCUUCCGUGCGAUAAAACGAUGGUAUGAGUACGAUGCCUCUGCACGUCAAAAAGAACUGCCAGUUCUAAUCGAUUGCUUACGUCUUACGCAACUCGACGUAUGCUUUUUAAUGGAGAACGUUCAACCAUUGCCAGGAUGUGAAGUGUUGGCAUUAAGAGCAAUAUCGUGGAUAAGUGCGCCAUCAACACGUUCGAAAGUAUCGUUAAAAUUUUCAGCAGCACGAGAAAAUGUGUGCAAAAAAACGGAGGAAACGGAGGAAACGGAGGAAACGGAGGAAACGGAGGAAACGGUAUUGUAUUCGCCUGGUAGCGGAUGGAGAUUUGUAAGCAACAUGUCAUCACAGCGUUAUAGUGCUGGCGCAGUGGUUCAUGACGGCAAAAUUUUCAUUAUGGGAGGCUGCCAUGGAUUGUCUUCCUUAAAAUCUGUUGAACGUUACGAUCCAUCUUUGAAUUCUUGGACCAAGUGUGCGGAUAUGAAUGCAUUUCGUCGUUGUCCUGCAGUAGCCGUACACAAUGGAUGCAUAUAUGUUUUAUGUGGUGGGUCUGCAAUAGUUGAACGGUACGACCCACAAAGGAACCAAUGGACUAAGGUCUGCUCUUUGAGCGUUAGUUGUAACGCCAUGGGUUGUGUUUCUAUGGAUGAUCAACUGUGGGCCAUUGGACGUAACACCACAAAUUUCGUGUCAGUUUACAACGCAGAUCGUAAUGAAUGGAUCGAAAAGAAAAAACUACCUGCU